AUGGACAGCCUUCGUGGAGGAGAAAGGGGCUGGGGCACGUUCACGGUGGGGAUCGCGGUGGAGUUCAAGGGAGGAAAGGAGCCGCCGCUGGAAUUGAGACACGCCCUCUCGUUCGAUGAAGGAGGCCAGUGGACCGAGAUCGCUCUGCCCGUCUCACGCGCCGCGGAGGCACCAGGGAGGAGUGACAAGAUGAAGGAGAAGAAGAUGAAGACAAAGCAACAGCACGCCACCAGCCACGACCAGCUUUUCUCGGCAAUCGUCACCAACGAGCCUAAGGCCCGACUCCAGUUGGUGCAACCGUUUCUGACGGCGGAGAGCGUCAACUUGACGCUGGACGGUGACUGCCUCCACCACAGCGACCGCUACAGGGGCACCAAGGUGACCCUGCUCCACUUGGCCGCGUUCCUCUCAGACCACGGGCUCGUCGAGGCGCUGCUGGCGGCCGGGGCCGACCCCAACCUGCCGCUGGAGUCGCUCCAACGGAGCUAUGAGUAUCAGCAGCGCAAGGGCUCGAUGGGCGGCGACUUCUUCGCGCAGGCGCGCGGGCACGAGACGAGGGCCACCCAGGCCACGGCGCUCCACCUGGCGCUGCUGAACGAGCACCACGAGAUGGCGGCGCGGCUCCUGCUGGCCGGCGCAAGCCCGUGGCUCACCGCCGGCCGACUGUCCAAGUCCCAGGGCAGCCACUGCUCGUCGUGGUCCCUCAGCUUCAUCAAUGCGAGCGCAUUCCACAUGGCCUGCUACAGCGGACUGAGCUCACACGCACAGUUCGAAGCGCCUGCGCAACGAAGGCACCCGGUUCCGAUCCCAGGGGUAAGCCAGGGCGAAGAGAAGACGAACAAGGGCCGCGUGACGAAGAAGUUGUGCGCCCUGCUCAUCGCCAGUCAUCGGCUCGCCGGCUGCAACGUCAACGAACCCGUCGGAAGUCCGGAUAAUGGCACGUCGUCGUCGACCUCCAUCGAGGGCGCGACUCCGCUGGCGCUGCUGAUCAACUCGUCAAGCUCGUCGCGCAAGGCCCUCCGCUUCGCCGACGAUCUGCUCGCCAUCGGAGCCGACCCCGCCAUCACCUGCGCCAGCCGCACCCGGCGACACAACUACGACGGCCACGAGGGCUCGGGCGGCAGCAGCGAGGAGUGGCGUGACUUCAACUGCCUGCACCUGGCCGUGCUCCUCGGCCGAGCCGACUUCGUCAGAAAGCUCAUUGGGCUGGUGGUGGACAACAAGGCCAACGCGGAGAUGAAGAUCGUCACCGUCGACCAGCCACACCGCAGCAUGUUCGACUACGACGAUGAACUCUUCGGGGGCGGAGAUGAAGAGGAGGAGGAAGCAGAAGCUAACGACCCGGAUGCGCCGAAGCCGGCGCCCAGGAGGCGAGCUGGUAGGGGCGGGAGGAGGAAGAAGGGCAAAAGCCCAACCACCACGACCUGCAGCUUCACCGCGGCCGCGUUGGCGCGCGAGAAGGCACACGACGCGGAGAUCAAGCGUCUACUCGGCGUGUGA